AACAAGAUGUUUGCCAGAGAAUCCAAAGCAACCAAAGAAUCCAAGUUUCAACAAUUCAAAAAGACCCCAGCAUACACUGCUGCUGUUAAUGUCACAUUAUUUGCCGUUGGUGUUGCCAUUAUUCAAUCACCAAUUGCUGAUUACUUGGUCCCCCAAUUAUAAUGAUGAUUUUAGAAACAAGA